AUGUAUACGCGAGGCGAUCAGGGACAUCCAACAAUAAUUCUAGAAGCUGUUGCGUCUCAAGACCUAUGGAUUUGGCAUGCUUUCUUUGGGAUUCCUGGUUCGAAUAACAACGUCAACGUUCUACAAAAUUCCGAGGUUUUUGAUGAUGUUAUAAAAGGGAUCGGUCCUGAUACGAGUUUUACAGUUUCAGGAGUGGAGUACAGACGCGGGUAUUAUCUUGCCGAUGGAAUAUACCCACAGUACUCGACAAUUGUUAAAACUGUUAGGCAUCCGCCAGAUGAAAAAAGAAAGAAAUUUGCCAAGUUUCAAGAAGCGGCUAGAAAAGAUAUUGAACGGUGUUUUGGGGUUCUCCAAAAAAGAUGGCAUAUUAUUGAAAACCCAGCAUGCGCUUUUACACCCAAAACAUUGCGAUACUGUAUAUACGCUUGUAUUUUGCUGCAUAAUAUGAUCUUCGAAGACGAAGGAAAUGCAAUUUGUGAGUAUGACGAGAAUGCGGUGGAGCAGAAUAAUGUUGCAGUUAGCGAAGAACAGCAAGAUUUAAACAGCAUUAUAGCAGUUACCUUCAUGUCCAAUGGCUACAUUCUUCCUCCAACAGUCAAAUAUGAGAGCGGUGAAUAUCCCCCGAUUUUUGGUACAGUUGCUAGUUGCUGGUGGACCGUCGGAUCAACCGACGCCGACACCGCAGCGGCGGAUCAUACGGACGCAGAUGGCGGGGAAUCUCGGAGAGUCGAUAUUUGA